AUGCUAGGAGCAGCCGGUGGAGGCGACCUAGGCGCUCUCCCUCUGGAACAAUGGUUCUUCGAGAUGCCCGUGUGCACGCGCUGGUGGACAACCGCUACCAUCGUUACUGGGCUGUUGGUGCAAUGCCACAUCCUGACUCCCUUCCAACUAUUCUAUUCGUUCCGUGCUGUCUUUGUUCGAAGCCAGUACUGGCGCCUGCUCACUACAUUCAUUUACUUUGGCCCUUUGUCCUUGAAUCUGCUCUUCCACAUCUUCUUCAUCCAACGCUACGCACGCAUGCUGGAGGAAUCUGCGGUCUCGCAAGCCCACUUUACUUGGAUGUUAUGCUAUGCCAUUACUACUUUACUUUGCUUGGCUCCACUGGUGUCAGUGGUGUUUUUGGGAAGUAUACUGAGCAGUACGCUUGUGUAUAUCUGGAGUCGCAAACAUCCGGAUGUUCAACUCAGCUUUCUGGGACUGUUUGUAUUCAGGGCGCCGUGGUUGCCUUGGGUGAUGAUUGGGUUGAGUGUGGUCAUGCAUGGGAACUGGCCAAAGGAUGAGUUGUGUGGAAUUGCUGUUGGUCAUGUCUAUUACUUCUUCAACGACAUUUACCCGGCGAACCACAAUGGACAACGACCCCUGGAUCCGCCUUUGUGGUGGCAGAGGUUGAUACGGGGAAGUGCUGUUGUGGAUGCAGAGUUGCGCCAACAGGGCAGACCUGCUGAUACCGCUGCUGCUGCUGCUCCUGCUGUGCAACUGCAAUGA